UAUUUCUUCUGAGCUAGGCUUUGAAUGAGACAGCACUGCUACACUACUGCACAGAGGUGACCGGGAAGCCUACCCUUUUCUAGGUUCGGUAAAAGAUGGCUUUGCCUAUAGAUCCCAUGGAAGAGCCCCGGCUGUACCAGCAGACCCUGCUGCAGGACGGGCUAUAUGACCUCUUGGAGAGUGAUACAUUUGUGGACUGUGUCCUCAAGAUUAAAGACAAGGAGUUCCCCUGCCACCGACUGGUGCUGGCCGCCUGUAGCGCCUUCUUCAGAACCAUGUUCAAGUCAGACCGGGAGGAGUUCAAAAAGCGGGAGAUCGUCCUAGAAGAAGUGGAGCCAGAUAUCAUGGAGCUCAUCAUCAAGUACAUCUACACAUCCAGUAUUGUUGUGACAGAGCAGAAUGUGCAGGACAUCUUCACGGUAGCCAACUUGUUGCAGAUCCCCUCCAUCUUUACUGUCUGUGUGUCCUUCCUGCAGAAGAGGCUGAGCCUCAGCAAUUGCGUGGCGAUUUUCAGGCUGGGUCUGAUGCUGAACUGUCCCCGACUGGCCAUCGCUGCCAGGAACUUCAUCUGCAACCGCUUCCAGCUGAUAAUGCUGGACCAGGACUUCCUCGACUUGAGCUCGAGCGAGCUAGCGGCCAUUCUCGCGUCUGACACCCUCAAUGUAGAGAAUGAAGACCUGGUCUUUGAAUCGCUGCUGAAGUGGGUUGCCAAUGACAAGGCUGGCCGGCUCAAGGAACUUCCAGGCCUGCUGGAGUGUGUCCGCUUCCGCCUGAUCUCCGAGGAAUAUUUCACAAACAAGGUGGAAAACCAUGAGUGGAUACAGUCCAACCCGGCGAUGGCAGACAACUUACAGCUAGUAAGAGAUGCUUACAGUGGAAAGCUUCCCGAAGUCAAGAAAACCACCAGUAAGAAGGCAGAGGGCAAGAAAACAGAGAAUGGUGGAGAAAUGGGUGAGGAAGAAGAAGAGGAGGAAGAGAAGGAAGGCUUGCUUCCAGGAAUCCUGAAUGACAACCUGCGUUUUGGAAUGUUCCUCAGAGACCUCAUAUUCAUGAUCAGUGACACAGGGGCGGUGGCUUAUGACCCCACAGCGAAUGAUUGUUUUGUGGCAUCUUUGUCCAGCCAGGUUCCUAAAAACCACUGCAGCAUGGUCACUAAGGAGAAUCAGAUCUUUGUGGCAGGGGGACUUUUCUACAAUGAACAGAGCAAAGAAGAGCCUCUCAGCUCCUACUUUUUACAGUUUGACCCCAUGGGUGCAGACUGGUUGGGUAUGCCUCCUCUUCCAUCCCCGCGAUGCCUCUUUGGGCUGGGAGAGGCAGAGAAUGCCAUCUUUGUUAUCGGAGGCAAGGAGCUGAAGGAAGAAGAGCGCAUCCUGGACACAGUGAUGGUCUAUGACAGACAGACUUUCAAAUGGGAGGAGGCAAAUCCACUUGACUUCGCAGUUUAUGGUCAUGGAACUGUGUCUCAUAACGGACUCAUCUAUAUAAUGGGAGGAAAGAGUGAAGACAAAGAGUGCAUAGAGAAGACGUGUGUUUACGACCCAAAGACGUUUGAGUGGAAGGAGCUGGCCCCAUUAAAGAUCGCCCGCUCUCUAUUUGGUGUGACAGUCCACCAAGACAAGAUCUACGUGGUGGCUGGAGUCACGGACACAGGACUCACCAACACCGUGGAAGUCUAUGACAUAGCCAACAACAAGUGGUCUGAGUUUCUGGAGUUCCCUCAAGAGCGAAGCUCCAUCAGCCUGGUCUCCACGGCUGGCUCCCUAUACGCCAUUGGGGGGUUCGCUAUGAUGCCCAGUGAAAAUGAGGAAUUCACCCCCAAGGAGAUGACUGACAUCUGGAGAUAUGAUGAGGCGGAGAGGAAGUGGAUUGGUAUUCUAAGGGACAUCCGCUACGCAUCGGGUGCCACCAUCCUGGGUGUACGUCUAAAUACGCUGCAUCUUACCAAGAUGUAAACAUCACAGCACCCUGUAGGUGGAGAAGACCAGGUGCAAGUAACCUGCCCACUCUGUGGUGCCACCAGAGCAGAAGAAUCGAGUCUUCUUCAGUUCUCAGACAGGAAAUAUAUGUCAUAUCAUCCCCAUGAGAACAACCCGAACUAAAAAAUACACAAAGGCGAAUUUGAAGCAGUAACUUCACCAUUUGGCUGUCAGUUGAACUUACUGUACAGCUGUACUACAGCAUAUUAAACUAUAUAGUGGAGUUGGGCAGAACUUAUUGCUGGAAUAGGAUUCCAGGCCUGUAUGUGCUGUCCAGAAUGAAUGUGUGUGUGACCGCAUAUAAUUUUUUAGUUAGCAUUGAAAAUGGAUGUUGAUUGAUAAUGGAAUGUUCCAGAACUCUUUAAUCAUCAGCUCAGCUUCCAAACCAUAACAAUGAGGUUUGUAAAAAGGUUUGGUAUUAUGAUAACUUGCAGUUAUGAUUUACUUUCAUAAUUAAUUCUUGCUAACCAGUCCAAUCCUCAUCAAAUAACUUUUUUUAUCAUAUAAACUGUGAAAGUGACCCCAUGGUGUCUUAGAUAAUUACAAGAAUAUUUUGUGGGCAACACAUGAACAGCAAAAGUGGCCCACAGCAGAAGGCCCAAGAGACAGUAAAAUGAUUGUGUUCACAUACCUACAUCUUAUCACAGUCCUAAGAUGUAGGUAAGAUGAGAGGGAACAGUAUUUACGGAGGCAAGAGACCUCACCCAAAACCUUUUUCAAAUGUUACGUAAAAGUAAGCUUCUAUUUGUAAAAUUGUGUUUUCUUUGGCAAAUAAAACUAAAGAGCUAUAAAGACCCUUGAUCUGUGCAACAACAUCGCACUGCAAUUUAUUAGGCUGUAUGAAUUAAUCCAACCAUGCCGAUCCAUUAAUGAUUCAACAGAGGGAGCCAGAACUCAAUGUUUUUCACCUUGGAUGAUCUUCUGGAGUAGACAACAAAUCAAGACAUGUUUACAGCAGCCACGUUUCAUUUUGCCAUUAAUAAACUAGACAUUUUCCCCCAAGUGAUCAAAAGAACAAACAUGCUUGACUUUGCAUAUUUAUUAUGCCCGAGUGCCCAUAAAUGCAGAGACAUGUGUAAAUCACCUUGCCUUUCCCUCUGUACCGGCCUCAGACAAUCCCCCGUUGUUGUUUUUUUAUAAUUGAAAAUUUUAUGGGGCAAACUGGUGACUUACUGCCCUGGAGAGUGAGCAAUACUGGUAUAUUCAGACUCGUGUUUUUUUUCCCCACGUGAGGUAAUCAUUCUAGUUUUGUUUGUGCAGCUGUUUCUGCAAUAUAAACAACCUCUACCCACUUUAUAAAAUCCAACAGGGCUUUUGAUCAUUAUUAUAAUUCCACAGUCAUAUGAAUAAGGACAGUGAAACAGUAAUUACUUAUUAAAGAUGUUCAAAGAAAGGAUAUGAAUUUUGAUUAGAAGUAUUUAAAUAAUUGACGUCUGGAAUAUCUAAGGUCAAACAUAGUCUAAAUAUAUAAAUAUUCUGAAUAUCUCUCCAAAAUAUCAAUACCAGAAUUAUUAGAAGAAUCAUGGAGUAUGUCCCUUACACAGACAUAUCCUCAAUUAUUAUUUUGUUAACUUUUAAAAUGAGUGGUUCUCUGAAAUAUUUUGUGACAGCCACUAAUUGGUGGAGAGAACCACAAAAUGUGGAAAAAAAGCAGUAUUACAAGUUGUCAAAAAGUUGCACUGCAGGUUUUUAAAUCCAAGUACAAAGUUCAGUCCUCAAUUCCCGCAAGCACAGCAGCCCUUUGUCCGAAUUUAUCCAGACCUCUGCCACGACCACGUCCUUUGCCAGCCCUCGAGGAGUGCUGCAGGCACACUGCAUACCAAGAACAGUUAAUUAGGAGGAGACACGACUGAAACCAAGGGGCUCAUACUGCAUGUCAGUCCUGGGAAAGCAAGCCCCUUUGUCUCUUGUGAGGAAUGUUGACUGUACACUUUAAAACAGUGUACAGUUUAAAACUGUCUGCAUUCCAACAUUAAGUAAGAAGUUGGAGGAGCGAGAUUGAGGGUUCUGGAGGCAUAGUGUGCAAUGUAGCUUUCCUGCUGUUAAUGGUGCUGUGGACUCCAUUAUAAAACUGCCCACACAGAAGUUUAUAGGUUACAAAAUUGUAUGAAAAUAUUAUUAUUUUAAUAAUAUAAAUAAUUAUUCCUACAGACACAGCGGAAAACUUGUGGCUGGAGAUUUUAGGAAAGAUAGGAUUGAAUUGAAGAAUGGUCGAAGUCCUUAAAAACACAUGCCUUAUUGGGUUCUCUAUAAAGCUGUGUGUGUCUCUAUAAACACAAUGCACUCCAAGGCUCUAAAAAAGACUGAAGAACAAGAACAAUGAAUUAAAUAUCAGCAAAACAUACAAAAUGUUAUAGGCAGCAAAUAACCACAGGAAGCAAUCUCGUUGGAAUAAUAUAGAUCUAUAGAAUUUAAUAUGGAAAUUAUUGUUUUUUUUCUCUUUCCCGUGUUACAGACAAUAUACACUUGCCAAUACAAUAAAUGACAUGGAAUAUAGACUAAUAGUAUUAGCACCUCUAGACAUAAUUGUCCUUGUAUUAUUUUUACAUUUCUGUUUAGAUAACCACAACAGCUACUGUCUACAUGUAAUCUAGUAUGUACACAGGAGUUAACUAAGACAUUGUGUUUACAUAGUAAAUUACUGAAUCAGCAUUCAAAAAGAUUGACACAGAAUUGGCUUCCUAAAUCUGGAUUGGGAGGGAAAGGUGGUUAAGAUCAGAACCUAGC